GCAGAAAGAGCUCACUCACAGCUUAUAUUAUGUUGUGACUGGUCUCUGGAUCUCUGGGUGUAGAGCCACUCAUGACCACCAGUGAGGUGAUACAUAACCUUCGACAAAAGUUGACAGUAACAAGAAACAUUCGGCAGUUAAUGUCAAGAAUAUCAUGUAGUUAUUUGCAGGUUGAAGACACAGCUGUUGAGCACCUGCAGGCUCCCGACUAGGCUUCCUUGUUAUUCUUCCGGCGGUAGGUAAGCAGGAAGGAUCGAUGAGCUGAGGCAAAAAUGUGCUCGUAGUUAUUGGCUCGUCGUCACUGGGAAAGUGUUCACUUGCCAAAACCAAAGAUGUCGUCAGACACAGCAGAGGCGCCAACUGCGUCGUGGCGGGAGGGUGGCGUGCCUGGCAGCAGUUCCAGUGGAGCAAGACGCUGGAAACUGCCGCUGCUGACCAUUCUGGGCCUCCUGAUGGCUCAAACGUUAUUGUACUAUAACUACAGCUCUUUUUAUGGCGCUCACCACUGGUUCGUCGUGCCCAGCUCCUCAUUACGAUUAAAAUGGUUCAGCGAUAAUUCUACGAGAGAACCAUCUGUCUAUUCGCUCAGCCUCGGCGGCAGCGGCAGAGAUAACAACAGGCACCGCGACACCACUCCCCCUUGCCCGCCCAUCCCCCCCAGCCUGAAGGGGCAGAUACAAGUCAAUACGAACCCUCCUACCCUGGAAGAGCAAGAGCGCGCGCACCGUGAACUCAUUCUCGGGGGACGCUACCGGCCUGAGAACUGCACUGCGCGGCACAAGGUGGCCAUCAUCAUCCCUUACCGGAACCGUGCCACUCACCUGACGGUCUUCGUCCACCACAUGCACCCCUUCCUGCAGCGGCAGCAACUCGAGUACACCAUUUACGUGGUGGAGCAGGCAGGUGGGUGGCCGCUUGCAUGGCUGCUGGCGGCGAGGACCUGGGAUGUUGUUGUUAGUGGUGUUGAAGGUGACGACUCGUUCAACCGAGGAAUGCUGAUGAAUGUCGGUGUCCUGGAAGGUCUCAAGCACUACGCAUUUGACUGUCUGGUGCUCCACGACGUAGACCUUCUGCCCGAGGACGACCGCAACCUUUACACCUGCUUGGAGCCUCCCAGACACAUGUCCGUCGCCAUGAGCACCUAUGAUUACAGAUUGCCGUAUCAAGAAUAUUUUGGAGGCGUGUCUGCCAUCACGGCGAAGCAGUUCACCGCCAUCAACGGGUUCAGUAACAAGUUCUGGGGUUGGGGCGGUGAGGACGACGACUUCUUUAACCGCGUCAGACAUCACGGCCUCAACGUGUCGCGCUACCCAAGCAAGGUGGCUCGCUACACCAUGCUGUCCCACAAGAAGGCGAAUCCCAGCCCUGACAGAUUCACAAACCUCCGCCAGGGUAAGUGGAGGUUCAAGACGGACGGUCUGAACACCAUCAAUUACCAAAUACUGAAGACUGAACGACGGCGACUGUUUACGUGGCUGUUCGUGGCUCUGGCGCGCACAUGACAUUGGCCCACCCUUGAUGCUUAUGGUAGCUUUCAGUUUGGACACGUAGAGACAGAGGGGAUACGUGUCAUCAUUGUAAACAUCAGGCAGAAUUAUGUCUGCCACCAUUAAUGUCUGUGUUUACAUACGUAAUGUUAAACAAAAAAAAAUACCCAGUUUUGUGCCAUAUUUUGCCAAGUUGUAACAAGUUGUGUGUGAUCUCAUUUCUCAA